UGCCAAUACAAACCAACGUGUGGCAAAUAGUAUGAGCGUCGUCCGGGAAGAGUCGAUCGCGGUCAUCGCGCAGAGCCUCGGGCUGGACAGCCUCCGCGCGGGCUGCGCGGCCGACCUCGCGCCCGAGGUCGAGUUUCGCCUCCGCGAGAUCAUCCAGGACGCGGUCAAGUUCCAGACGCAUGCGCGCCGCGAGACGCUCACGACGCGGGACAUCAACCAUGCGCUGAGCGCGCGCAACAUGGAGGUCUUGUACGGCUAUGGCGGCGGCGACGGCGUGAGCUACCGCCGCAUUAGCCCGGGCCUCUUUGUGCCCGAGGACCCCGAGGUCGCGGUCGCCGACAUCCUCAACGCGCCCUUUCCGCUGUGUCCACUCGUGCCCAGCGUUAGCAUGCACUGGCUGGCCGUCGAGGGUGUCCAGCCGCAGAUCCCCGAGAACGACGUGCUUGACACGAAUGCCCACGCGCGGUCGGCGACGGCGAUUUCGGACCCGGUCUUCACGGGCGACGUCGUCCGCAAGCCGCUCGUCAAGCACGUUUUGACGGACGAGAUGCAGCUCUACUACACCAAGGUCACGGACGCAGUCAAGAGCGACGACUUUGCGCGCCAGCAGGCUGCGUACACGAGCUUGUCGCAUGACCCGGGUCUCCACCAGCUCAUGCCAUACUUUUCGCGGUUCAUUUACGAAGAAGUCAAGCACAGCAACCACGACCUCGCACUCCUCUCGUCCGUGCUGCGCAUGGCACGCGCGCUCCUCCACAACGUCGGUCUCCGCAUCGAGCUCUACCUGCAGCAGAUGAUUCCAGCGAUUUUGACGUGCAUUCUCAACAAGGACCUGUGUGCCAACCCCGCCGAAGACCACUGGGCUGUGCGCAACUACGGCGCGCGUCUCAUGGCCGAGAUUUGCUCGCGGUUCGGCAACUCGUACAACAGCAUCCAGGCCCGCGUCUCCAAGACCUUCCACGGCGCCUUUCUCGACGCGUCCCGUCCGUUCCCGACGCACUAUGGUGCGAUUGUCGGGCUCAUGUACCUCGGGCCGCUGGUCAUGGAGCGGCUGCUCUUCCCGCACCUCGCCGCGUACCUCGCAGUGCUCACGCCGUGUUUUGCGCCGUCGAAUGCCAACCAAGUGCAGCGCCUCGAAGCGCAAAACUGCCAUGGCAUCCUUGUGCAUGCCGCCGGGCAGUAUUUAUCCCUGCAAACCAACGCGGCGACGUCGAGCGAUUUCAAGCAGACGCUCGAUACGCUGCAAGACACGUUUGGCGAGGCCCUCGUGCCCUACCUGCGCACGCCAGGCAUGGGCUACGCCGACAUGGUGCUCUAAUAGCCACCGACGUAACCCAUACACUCUACUACACGACUGCAUACGUUUCUCAUUCGUCA